AGAAAGCAGCUGGCAAAAACAAAAAGUAAGAAGAGCGAAGAGAGGAAAUUACACUUGCCCCAAAAAUUAUACCACAAAAAGCCAAAAGGAAACAACACAGACAGAGUGAGAAAGAGAGAGAGAGAGAGAGAGAAAACGCUGGGCAGCAAGAGCAAGAACAAGGACAAGGGCCAUUGCGAGCGAGCAGGACAGGAGCGUCCAUCAUCCACCAAUACAGAUGAAUAUGUUACACAGUUUCAGUGGCGGCGGCGCCGGCAGCGCUGCCAACGCCACAGGCGACGUCAGCAGCGCGGAGAGUGAGCUAAAGGAGCGGCUAAUAGCCAGCGUAAAGAAGGAGGUGAAACAGCUGAUGGAGGAGGCAGUGACCAAGAAGUAUGUGCACGAGGAGAGCAGUUCGGUAACCUCGCUCUGCGGUGCCGUGGAAGCCUGCCUGAGUCAUGGCCUCCGGCGACGUGCCUUGGGCCUCUUCAAGACCUCAUCCACAACGGCACUGAUCCAGAAGAUAGCGAAAAUAUGCCCGGAGGCAGACUAUGUAAGCCGGCGACUGCUGGAACUGGAGCUUGCCCAGGAGAGUCAUGCGGUGAGCGGCAAGCGUUCGUCCUCCAGCAGUGACAGUAUAAUCAAACCGAAGCUGCUGAGCAAGGGCAGUGGGAGCAGCAGCUCGGUGACCACCAUCAACACGGUUUCCAAUGGCGGCGCCGGCGGCGGUGGUGUCGGGAACAUAGCACCGCUGGGCAAAUACCUUUGGAUACGACUGGCCCUCUACGAGAAGCGGCUGGCCAAGAUCAUAGAGCAUUUGGUGGGCAAUGCCAGUAGCUACUACGAUCGCGAGGCCCUGGUUGCCGAUCCGGACUAUGGUUCCAUCCUAAGUUCCCUGCUGGUUGGUCCCUGCGCCCUGGAGUUUACCCGGGCCAAGACUGCCGACCAUUACUGGUCCGAUCCCUGUGCCGAUGAGUUGGUGCAACGUCACAGGAUCAGCUCCGGCAACCGGACACCGCCCACCACCCACCGGCCCAUCAUUAACUUUAAGCGCAGCCUGCACACCAGCUCCGAGGAUACGAGCAGCGGCAGCUUUAAGGCCAGCUCGCCGGCGAGCGUGGCCAAGGAUUAUGUGGAAUCAUUGCAUCAGAAUUCGCGCACCACCCUGCUCUAUGGCAAGAAUAAUGUCCUGGUCCUGCCCAAGGAUGUGUCGGAGCCGAUGCCCGGCUACCUGAGCCUGCACCAGAGCGUUCAGUCACUUACCAUCAAGUGGACGCCCAACCAGUUGAUGAACGGCUACAACGAUGGCGAUGGCGGUGACAAGAGCUUUUACUGGGGCUAUGCCCUGAACAUCAACGUGGAUGAGAUCGUGUAUGUCCAUUGCCAUCAGAAUCGUGGUGGUGACACCGGUGGCACCAUCAUUCUUGUCGGUCAGGACGGUGUUCAGCGUCCACCGAUCCAUUUUCCAGAAGGCGGUCAUCUGCAGGCCUUCCUUAGCUGCCUGGAGACGGGUCUUUUGCCGCACGGUCAGCUUGAUCCGCCUCUGUGGUCGCAACGGGGCAUCGGGAAACUCUUUCCAUGGCCCAAGAGCGUGCGUCGUCACAUCCUGCCCUCGGUUAUGGAGGCGGGCUCCACCGCCGAUGAGAUGCCCAUCGAUUAUGUCUUCCGCGUGGUCAGCAAGUGCCAGCACGAGGAGUUUCUGGCCACCCAUCCCAUCCUGGAGCUGGGCCGGUCAAGUCCUAGGAGAAAGCACCUGGGCAGCUGCUCCACCACUGGUAGUAGUGAUUGCUCCAGCAAGAGCCUCUCGAUUGACCAGAGCAGCUGCGAGACACCCCUGAUCCAGGCCAGCCAGAGCACCAGCAUCGAGCUGGUCUGCUCUACGAUGAGACGUCAGAUCAUCUCCAGGGCCUUCUAUGGCUGGCUGGCCUACUGCCGGCAUCUCUCCACAGUGCGGACGCAUCUCUCCGGCCUGGUCAAUGGUCGCAUAAUGCCGGACUUGGCUGCCGACGAGGAGGGCUUAACCCGCGACAAGUGGCUGGCAAUGCAUGAGGAUGGCGUUGUAUCCGGCGAACUGGAGCUGUAUCGUCUGGUUUACUUUGGUGGCGUUCAGCCCGAUCUUCGCAAGGAUGUGUGGCCCUAUCUGCUGGGCCACUAUGCCUUUGGAUCCACGCCGGAGGAGCGACGAAAGCAGGAUGAGACUUGCAAGCACUACUAUGAGACCACGAUGAGCGAAUGGCUGGCGGUGGAGGCCAUUGUUCGUCAGCGGGAGAAGGAGAAGACCGCCUUGGCGGUGGCCAGGCUCAGUGCCGAGCAGGCUCGUCUGGCAGCAAACGCUAAUCCCAACUCCAAUGACCUCAAUCCCCACGAGAAGCUCACGAAUGGCACUCGCCAGUUGGAGCUGGAGCGACAACAGAGGAAUGGCGAUGGAGAGGCGGAUCACUUGGCUCUGGAUGAGGGCGAGAACGAUGUGUUUGAUGACAAUGACUUCUCCGAUAUAUCCGAUCCGGGUGAUCUAUUCGAUGAGCCAGAAAUGGCCCGGGAAGCGGAAGAGCAAGAGCCAAAAGAGGAUGUGGCUCCAGAUCUGGCAGAGGACGAUCUGGGUGAACGGGUUAUACCUCAGCUUAGUGAGCAGCUGGUUCUCGAGUUCCAGAAUAUCGACAACAUGGAACCGUUGCGUCUCCAGGAGAACUGCUUCGCCGAUUCCGAGACCGAGAACGAGUUUGGCCUGAGCCUGGACGGUAGCGGUAACAUCUUGAUGUUGAGCAUCAAGAGCUCGCCCUCCACCAGCAGCUAUGAGACGGUGGGAAAUGAGUUUGUUGACAUGGCCGAGGCCAAGCUGGAGGAGGAGGAACCGCUGGGACAGCUCAGCAAGUUUCACAGCGCCGACGAUGUGAGGUUGGAUGAGCAGGAGCAGGAGCAGGAGCAGGAGCCAGAGCAGGAGCAGGAGCCAGAGCAGGAUGAGGAGCACUCGCAACCGGGCACUUCGGUUAUCAUCACAGAAGCGGCCUCGUUAGAUGCCCUGGACGACGAUCCCACCGAGGAGUUUACCUCGCGCAAGACCAGCCUGAUGUCGCCCCUCAAUGAAGACAUCACGGUGGUGGCUUCAUUGGAUGCCCUGCAGGAACCCAAAUCCGCCUGCGUCUCCCCGGCCAGUUCCAAUGGUGGCGUCUACAGCGUUGAGUUGCUCGAGCAGUUUGGUCUGAAUCUGCAUCGGAUCGAGAAGGAUGUGCAGCGCUGUGACAGGAACUAUUGGUACUUUGCCAAUGAGAAUCUGGACAAGUUGCGGAACGUGAUCUCCACGUAUGUGUGGGAGCAUUUGGAUGUGGGCUACAUGCAGGGCAUGUGUGAUCUGGUGGCUCCACUCCUGGUCAUCUUCGACGACGAGUCACUAAGCUACAGCUGCUUCUGCAAGCUCAUGGAGCGCAUGAUCGAGAACUUUCCCAGCGGAGGGGCAAUGGAUAUGCACUUUGCCAACAUGAGAUCCCUCAUCCAAAUCCUCGACUCGGAGAUGUACGAUCUGAUGGACUCGAAUGGGGACUAUACGCAUUUCUACUUCUGCUAUCGCUGGUUUUUGCUGGACUUUAAGCGGGAGCUGGUCUACGAUGAUGUCUUUGCCACCUGGGAGGUGAUCUGGGCGGCCAAGCAUAUAGCCUCUGGUCACUUUGUCCUCUUCCUGGCACUGGCUCUCCUGGAGACCUAUCGUGACAUUAUCCUUUCGAACAGCAUGGACUUUACCGAUGUCAUCAAGUUUUUUAAUGAAAUGGCUGAACGUCACAAUGCCCAAUCGAUCCUGCAGCUCUCCCGGAGUCUGGUCCUUCAGCUGCAGACCAUCAUCGAGAAUAAGUAAAGUCCAUCCGUGUU